AUGAUUGGAAAGAUUCAUUUAUCAUCUUCGAAGCAUCAUUGUUUCAUUCUAGUGGCCACAGAUUACUUUACUAAAUGGGUUGAAGCAAAACCUUAUAAGUCUAUAGAUCAAAAUAAAGUGAUUAGCUUCAUUGAAGAUUUAAUUCAUAGGUUUAGUAUUCGCCAAACUAUUACUGUCAAUAAUGGAAUAGUAUUUGAAGGUGGUUUAGUGAGGACUUUUGCUGAGGUUCUAUGGGCCUAUAGGACUUCAAAAAGAUCAAGCACUGGAGUUACUCCAUUUGCCUUACUAUAUGGGCAUAAUGUUGUAUUUCCAGUUGAGAUUAAUAUUAAGUCCUUGAGAGUUAAAGCACAAGAUUAUUUUGACAAAAAGCAAUAUGGUCAAAGUAUAUGCAUGGAAUUAGAGGAUAUUGAUGAAGCCAGAAUGCUGGCUAUAAACAAGAUGCUAAUCCAAAAGAGAAAGGCUGCAAGAUGCUAUAACAAGAGGGUACAUCAUUAG